GGCUCUCGUGGCCAUAAAAUACUCGUGACCAAAAUCGCCAAAAUGUUAGUCAAGGCAUAAUCUGUGGUCAAGACAUGGUCAAAGUUCAAAGCAGUUCCAUACUUAAGAGAAAGUUAAGAUCUUAUAAAAUUCCAUAUCUCUGAUGUUGGGCGUGUUCUCUUUAUUUCUGAAACGCGAUGGGAUUUUUAAAGAACACGCACAAUAUGCGCGUUCAGAGAGCGGCUGACAAACCAUUGAGAAUUUUGCUCAGCGGAUGACCGUUUUUGUCAGCGUUUUUGUAUGUAAAAACCUUAAAAACAGACCGUUUAUGGAAGUCGCUUACUCAGCCACUAGCCGUCCCUGAACGCGCACAAUUUCUGUGUAGGUGUAGGUCUUGUGUAGGUCUAUGUUUGGGUCUAUGAUUCAUAUAAAGAUUCAUAUACAUGCUAUGCUGAUACUAUGUAUGAAACGAGUAUAUUCACCGCUGAUUCAACGAUUGAACUACUCAACUACUUAGUACCGUGGCUAACGUCAGUACUUCAAGCCGCCACCAAAUAUUAGUAGAAAAGAAGAAGACAGAGAAGUUAACCGCUCCUAUUUUUCUGUGAUUUUCCUUUUCCGAAAAAUAAUCGAGCAAGAGAAAAAUGAGUUUCCAAUUUUCUCAUAAAAUCCUCAUUCACAUAACAAAAAAGAGUCAGAUUAUAUUUGGAAGCUUCAGACCGCUAUCUACAAAAAUACAUAAUAUAAAUUUGGGGACAAACCAUUUUCAAACCACUAAAAGAUUACCACAAAUUAAUACAAUUUUUUCAAAAUACUUGGCCAGUAGUACCCAUGAUACUAUAUCAUCAAUUCAGCUUAAAAAAAGAGCAGUUCGUAAAAAGAAAUCCCUAGAAGAAGAAAGCCCUAUUCCUGGAGUUUUCCAUGUAAUGGCUUUUGCAACUGCAGAAGAAUAUGACUUGGAAAAUUUAAACAAAGGGCUUAAGGAACAAGAUUUAUAUGAAUCUCAUCAAAUUCCUAAUGAUAAUAAUGUUAUUCGUGCUAUUGCAAAAUAUAGAGUAGAAAAAGAACCAAGGGAAAUAUUUUUCUUUAGAGAUGGUGGUGUAAUAUUAUGGAACAUUACAGAUUUAGAAAGUGGUAAUAUACUACGUUUCUUAAGACAAUAUGAAAUUGACAGUUACUCAGAAAGACUAAUACAGUCAGAAAGUGAAAUAAUGAAUUAUAUUUAUAAUAAAGACACGGAGAAACCAAGCGGCCUUGAUAAAGAAGGAAACUUUCUAAUAAAUACAUGCUCUGAAGUUGAAGAUCUUCCUUUGAUAAAAUAUACAUUUUCAAAUUCUAUGUUACAAUCUGUAAAACUUGGAAUUUGGGAGGCAUCCCUACAACAGUAUAUUGACCAGAUUGAAGGAAUUACAGAUGAUCUAAAAAAAGGGAAGAAAAUUAGACUCUCGAGAGAGGAAGUUCUUAGAAAACAUGGAGAGUUAUUUGCUUUAAGACACUAUUUAAAUUUAAGUUCAGAUAUAUUAGAUACUCCCGACUUUUACUGGGAAAAUGAAAAGCUCGAAAAUUUAUAUAACCAUGUUUGUGUAUAUUUUGGUAUAACUAAACGCACAAGAGUAAUGAAUGAAAAAAUUAAUCACUGUGUAGCUCUAAUCGAACUACUGUCUCAUCAUCUAGGUGAUAAACAUCACAUACGCUUAGAAUGGAUGAUAAUUAUUUUAAUUAUGGUUGAAGUAGGGUUUGAAAUAAUUCAUUACAUAGAUAGAUAUGUACAUUAAAUAAUAUAAUAUGUAAGGUAUAAACAUAGAAUGAAAUGCAUUUAUUUAAGUAGCACUUUCAAAAAAAUGCCCUCUGUAUAUAUUUUAUAUUGAAUAAAUUAUAUAU